AGACAAAUACCAGAGACAAAGUACAAAGAGGAAUCUUUGGUACGCAAACGUAUGUGUUCUGUGAGUUGCUUCAAGUCGAGAUGACAGUGAAAGAUAACCUGAAAUAUUUUAUACUGUUUACAUUUUUUAUUCGUUCAAUAUGUGCAAGUUUGAAUCCAGUGAUCCUGAUUCCUGGCGAUGGAGGAUCUCAAAUAGAUGCAAAAUUAAACAAAACCACAUCAGUUCAUUAUUUGUGCCAGAAACAAACAAAUGACUAUUUUAACAUUUGGUUGAAUAUGGAGCUACUGGUCCCCUUUAUUAUAGAUUGUUGGAUUGAUAAUAUGAAGCUUAUUUAUAACAAUCGAACAAGAACUACUAGAAACAGCGAUGGAGUCUAUCUUAGGAUACCUGGUUUUGGUGGUACUGAAAGUGUUGAGUGGCUAGAUCCAAGUCAUGCAUCCACUGGUUCAUAUUUCCACCCUAUCACUGAUUUAUUAGUUAGUUUGGGUUAUCAGAGGAACAUUACAGUAAAAGGAGCACCUUAUGAUUUCAGAAAAGCUCCAAAUGAAAAUGGCCAGUACUUUAUAGAUUUAAAAAAUUUAGUGGAGAAAACCUUUGAAGAAAAUAAUGGAAGGCCUAUCAUAUUGAUAGCUCAUUCAAUGGGUGCCCUAAUGUCACUUCAUUUUUUGAAUCAGCAAGAUCAAGGUUGGAAAGAUAAACACAUCAAAACCUUGGUAACGCUUGGUGGAGCCUGGGGAGGCAGUAUGAAAGCUAUUAAAGUAUAUGCCAUUGGCGACAAUUUAGGUUCAUAUGCUCUGAGAGAGAGCAUAAUGAGACUUCAACAAAUAACAUCACCGAGUUUAGCCUGGCUCCUACCUUCUCCUCUUUUUUGGAAAAGUAACGAAGUGCUAGUUCAGACCGAAAAAAAAAAUUUCACCCUCAGUAAUUUAAAGGAAUUUUUCUAUGGUAUUUCAUAUCCUGAUGGGUGGGAGAUGAGGAGAGAUACGGAAAUCUAUCAAUUAGACUUCAAACCACCUGGUGUUGAAAUAAAUUGCAUUUAUGGAACAGGAGUUGACACUGUUGAAAGGCUCUACUACAAGCCGGGUACCUGGUUGGAUGGUUAUCCAGCACUCGUCAUGGGGAAUGGAGACGGUACAGUUAAUUUGAGGUCGUUAGAAGGAUGUCGUCUUUGGCAAAAUUUGCAACAACAAAAAAUAUUCCCGAAAUCGUUCCCUAAGGUGGAUCACUUAGGGAUACUCAGAGAUAAAGGUGUUUUAGAAUAUAUUUCUAAUUUAGUUACUUCUUCCAAUAGAGCUUGAAUUACUUA